GAGGAAGGGAGGCUGGUGGUGGCUGUGUGCUCAGCAAUAGGAAAUGCUUUAUUAGCUGGGAGUGGUGGAGAGAAGCCAGGCAGGAAGAGGCAGUAAUAAGAAACUUUUUUUUGACUUCUCCCACAUCCAGAGCACAGAGCAGCUGCCAAACGGCUGCGUGGGACAAGGGGGUGGGCGAGCUGAGCCCCUGCUGCCAGGCCAGCCUGGGUGACAACCCACAGGGGGACAGGGGGAGCCCCCAGGGGGGCAGGAUGGGCGGUGGGAGGGCAGCAGAUCCAUGAAGACCCUCGGAGCUGGGGCUCAGGGCACGGAGAGGAGCUGCCCCGGAUCCGAGAGCGGGACUGUGGCCGGAGAGCCUCGCCAGGGCCGGGCAGUGCCGGGGGCUCCUGCAGGACCUGGAUGCUGCAGGAUGAUGCCCUGGGCAGCCUCUGGCCGGGUUCUGCUGCUGCUGCUGCUGCUGCUGCUCCUGUCCCUCAGCUUCGCCGCCGAGGAGCUGCUGUGUGCCUGCGAUGUGCCCCACUGCAGCCAGCCCAACUGCACGGGCAAGGUUUGCUUCGUCAGCAAGAGGAGGGAGGAGGGCACCAUCACCCAGCACCGGGGCUGCUUCUCCCAGCACAUCCUGGAGCACUGCCACACGCCCGUGACGGAGCAGUACGGCACGAGCUGCUGCCACUUCCACAUGUGCAACGCCCAGCUGGAGAUCUUCCUGCAAGGAGAAGAUGCCCUGGUAAAGCCACCUUCCCUGCCCAACCUCCUCCUGAUGAUCCUGGUCCCGCUGCUGUCCCUGCUCGUCCUGGCGGCGCUCACGGCGCUCUUCUGCUGGAAGCUGGCGCGGCACCGCCACAAGCACAGCGACCUCGGCGACACAGACCUCAUGCUGAAGGCGUCCAUGCUGGGAGACAGCACCUUAGAGGACCUGCUGAGCGAUGACUGCACCACGGGCAGCGGGUCGGGGCUGCCCUUCCUCGUGCAGAGGACGGUGGCUCGGCAGAUCACCCUCAUGGAGUGCGUGGGCAAGGGACGCUAUGGGGAGGUGUGGCGAGGCGUGUGGCACGGGGAGAGCGUGGCCGUGAAGAUCUUCUCCUCCCGGGACGAGCAGUCGUGGUUCCGCGAGACAGAGAUCUACAACACCGUCCUCCUCCGGCACGACAACAUCCUGGGUUUCAUCGCCUCUGACAUGACAUCCAGGAACUCCAGCACGCAGCUGUGGCUCAUCACCCACUACCACGAGAACGGUUCUCUCUACGACUACCUGCAGAGAACAGCCCUGGACGUGGAGACCUGCCUGGGCUUGGCCUCCUCCAUCAUCUGUGGCCUCGUCCACCUCCACGUGGAGAUUUUUGGCACACAAGGCAAACCUGCCAUCGCCCACCGCGACCUGAAAAGCAGGAACAUCCUGGUGAAGAGCAACCGGCAGUGCUGCAUCGCAGACCUGGGGCUGGCCGUCAUGCACUCCCAGGGCAGCGACUACCUGGACAUCGGCAACAACCCGCGGGUGGGCACCAAGCGCUACAUGGCCCCGGAGGUGCUGAGCGAGCAGAUCCGCACCGACUGCUUCGAGUCCUACAAGAAGACGGACAUCUGGGCGUACGGGCUGGUGCUCUGGGAGAUCACCCGGCGGACGGUGGUGAAUGGCAUCGUGGAGGAAUAUCGGCCGCCCUUCUUCGACGCCGUGCCCAGCGACCCCAGCUUCGAGGACAUGAAGAAGGUGGUGUGCGUGGACCAGCAGACCCCCGUGAUCCCCAACCGCCUCUUCUCCGACUCGGUUCUGUCGGCACUGGCGAAGAUCAUGAAGGAGUGCUGGUACCAGAGCCCCUCGGCUCGUCUCACCGCCCUGCGCAUUAAAAAGACCUUGAAGAAGCUGAACAAUCCCGCAGAAAAGCCAAAACCGGAGCAGUGAGCGCCGGGAACGGGACACCGGAGCCACUGGCGGGCGGCACCGGGGACGGGCUGGCUCCGGUCACAGAGGGGUUUGCUCACAGCUCCGCCUCUCCCACCCCUCCUUCGAGCCGGUUGAGUUUGUAAACACGGGAAAAAAUAGGAAAGGAAAAAAAAAAAAAAAAAAGCCAGCAAAGGAGGAAUCUUCCACCCGGCCAUAAAAAUAUCCCCUGGAUCCGUCACCCGACACCGGCGCGUCUCGACGGCAGCUGGUCGCCCACCCGGAGUCUUGGAUGCCACGGCGAGGGGCACGAUGGCAGAACCAGCCUGAGCUGCACCCCAAACCCUCGGGGAACCGAUGGCAGAACCAGCCUGAGCUGCACCCCAAACCCUCGGGGAACCGAUGGCAGAACCAGCCUGAGCUGCACCCCCAACCCUCGGGGAACCGAUGGCAGAAGCAGCCUGGCUGCACCCCAAACCCUCGGGGAGCACCAACGGCAGAACCAGCCUGAGCUGCAUCCCAAACCCUCGGGGAGCACCAACGGCAGAACCAGCCUGAGCUGCAUCCCAAACCCUCGGGGCACCGAUGGCAGAACCAGCCUGGCUGCACCCCCAACCGUCGGGGCACCGAUGGCAGAACCAGCCUGAGCUGCACCCCCAGCGCAAGGGGCACCAACGGCAGAACCAGCCUGAGCUGCACCCCCAGCCCUCGGGGCAUCGAUGGCAGAACCAGCCUGAGCUGCACCCCAAACCCUCGGGGGGCACCGAUGGCAGAACCAGCCUGAGCUGCACCCCCAGCCCUCGGGGCAUCGAUGGCAGAACCAGCCUGAGCUGCACCCCAAACCCUCGGGGGGCACCGAUGGCAGAACCAGCCUGGCUGCACCCCAAACCCUCGGGGGGCACCGAUGGCAGAACCAGCCUGAGCUGCACCCCAAACCCUCGGGGGGCACCGAUGGCAGAACCAGCCUGGCUGCACCCCCAGCCCUCGGAGCACCCACCCAGCGCUGGCACCGUCGGCGGAGGAGCUGCCCAGACCCGUCCGCCGGCGCUGGCAGGAAUUCCCCGGCAGAGCUGCGGUGCCCGGCGCGUUUCUCGCUGAAGGAGGGAUGGGUUUCUCUGGCCCAAGGGCAGCAUCCCCCCCGGCCAGCCCAGACCCGCACCCAGCCCAAAAAUGAGGAGCGUCCAGCAUGGCCUGAGUAUUCCAGGAUGGGGGUCCCGUGGUGAUCCUUCCUUGCCAAGCAGCCAGCAUUUUCCUUGCCAAAGAAGUGCCCUUUUUGGGUCUGUGCCAAUAUUUUGGUGUUUUCCGAGGUGUUUUGGCUCGGCUGGCUUCAUCCCAUGUUGCUCCCCGCCAUCCCAAAAUCCACCCCGUGCUUGGAGAUGUUUGGACACGACCAGGAUGGGACGUUCAGCAGAACCAGCUUUGCCACAUAACUAUUUAAUUAUUAAGAUUUAAUAUAUUUAAUAAAGUGUAAAGCUAUUUUAUCACCUAA